AUGCACAAUUAUAGAUGCAGCAGUAGUUGGCAUGUGAAGCAUCUGUUACAGAUAGAAGAUGGAGGUGAAGUGAAUUGUUCAAUUGAAAUAGACCAAACAAUUAAUGGUGAAGAUCCAUUAGGGUUGCAAAAAAAGAAAUCUCUAAAUGAAAGAUGUAUGAAUUUGGAAAAGUCGUCUAUGGAAUCCACUACCAUAUUCAAGGUGACUGUGGGGUUGAGUGAAUCAAAUCCUGAUGCUUAUAAGCCAAAAUUGCUCUCCAUUGGUCCUUACCAUAAACACGAUUCUAAACUUGGCUCGAUGGAAAAAUACAAGUUGUGUUACCUACAACGGUUUCUCAAGCGGAAAGGAGGGUUUCAUGAUGUGGAAAGUUGUAUUAGUGAAAUGGAUAAACUAAAAGAUGAUGCACUUAAGUGUUAUGAUGAUAUAGGGGGGUUAAUAGAUAGUUGCAAUAUUGUUGAAAAUUUUUCAGAAAUGUUGUUGCUUGAUGGAUGUUUCGUGGUUGAGUAUCUUCGAGAGCAAUGUAAGAUCCUUCGAACUGGAGAAGACAUGAUUAUCAAUAGAGAUUGCAUAAGAAAUCAACUAAAGCGAGACUUGUUGCUGGUAGAAAAUCAACUUCCUUUCUUUGUCCUAACCAAGCUUUAUGAAAUGUCAAAGGAGCAAUGCGAGGAACCAUUGAUAGAGAUGGUGGAGUGGACCUUUUCUCUUGAUAAAUCAUCUAUAGAGUCUGAAGGUAAUGAAAGAAAAUUCAAACAUUUAUUUCAUGUAGUACACAUGUGCAUGUCACGUCGACCUUCAAAGAUAAAAAGUAGCAAUAUAGCAGAACAAAUUAUCGUUUUUGGAAGCUUAUUUGGGAUCCCUUCACAAAUAAAGAAGAGGAGGAAUAAUACGGACCAGAACAUAAUGUGGAAUAAGGUCAUGCCAAAUGCAACAGAACUUUCUGAAGCUGGAGUUAGCUUUGCAAAUGUUGGAAAUAUUUUUGUGAGGUCAUUAGACAACGUCAAUGACAAUGAUCUUAAGGAUAGCACAAGUUUAUUUGAUAUAAAGUUUGACAAUGCAUUGAUGACAAUCCCUUGUUUUCGAGUCGUUGAUGACACAGAAACCUUCAUGCGAAAUCUUAUUGCUUACGAACAACAGUGUUCUGAUGUAAAUCAUAGAUAUUUCAGUGAUUUUGCAGUUUUCAUGAGUUGUCUUAUUGACUCAGAAAAAGAUGUGAGUUUGCUUCGUAUGAAUGGAAUCAUUGUAAACAAGAUAGGAAAGGACAAAGAAAUGGCUAGCUUCUUUAACAAAAUUGGGAAAGGGGUCACCGUUUCAGACGACUUCUAUUAUGAAGAAGAAUGCAAAAAAGCCGUUCAACAUUGUGAACAAUCAUGGAACAUAAUGAAGGCAAAUUUGAGGCACAAUUACUUCAAUAGUCCUUGGGUAGGAAUUUCAACUGUGGCAGCCAUCAUACUCCUCUUACUCACAGCUACACAGACUGUUCUAGCUAUCAUAAGUUUUUUGAAGUAG